CCCAAAGAAGGGAAAUCAGUUGGCUGGCCCCACCAGAGCACAUACAGACGGUGUCUGAGAAUCAGGGAGAUCAUCAGACGAAGCGGAGACCAAUGAAUCCACAAGGAGGAAAGGCUUUUGGGGUGCUGAAGGCCCAGCAAGAAGACUUCCUCGACUCUCUCAAUAAGGAAUUCUUGGAUGACCCCAAAUACAGCACAGAUGAAGACCUUGCUGAAAAAUUAGAAAUGUUUAAAAAGAAAUACUUGGAAUUUGAUCUCAAUGCCCAAGGUGAUAUAGAUAUCAUGGCCUUGAAGCGCAUGUUGGAAAAAUUGGGCGCAGCCAAAACCCACCUGGAACUGAAGAAGAUGAUCACAGAAGUGACAGGGGGCAUGAGCGAGACCAUCUCUUAUCGGGACUUUGUCCGUAUGAUGCUGGGCAAGCGGUCAGCAAUCUUCAAAAUAAUUCUGAUGUAUGAAGAAAAAGCCAAAGAGAAAGAUGAAAAACCACCUGGGCCCCCUCCCAAGAAAAUAAUUUCAGAUCUUCCUUAAAGGUCCCCACUUUAUUUUGAUUGAUUGGCUUGCGCCAUUUCACUCCACUCAUCAAAGUUUCAGGCCUUCCUCCAUCCUAAGUAACCUUUCUCCAGAAGAAGGGUUCAGAAAAAUCUGGAUUUUUUCCUUGACCAUCCACCCAACUCAGCAUAAAGGAAAACUGGAAAUCUUGGAAGAAUUUGGAAGAGUUCUCAGGAGUUAUUCUCUAUUAUAACAAAGAGUAAAAUAAUUUAGAGCAAUACUAUCCCCCCCCCACACACACAUUAUUGUCACUACUGUCUUUCCAUUCUUGUUAAUGUUAAUGUUAUCUAGUAAGGGUGCCAUCUUGUUCUCCAGCAUAUCUGACUGUAGGGGGUAGUUUGUGGAACAGCGCCUCUGAAAGGCAAGCAGAAUCUUCCCAGCAAUCUGUCCCUCCUCAAACCCACACAUGGCCCAACUUCUGCUUCAGCACCAUGUUGAGCAGCUCUCUUCUUCACUACAUUGAGUAACUCUAGGAAUUCUGACACUCUCUAUGGUAUUUACCAUAGAAAUUGGGGGGGGGGAUUCCUAGAACAUUGCUUGAUGUGGUAACAUCACUUCAUCUUUGUGAGUUCUGUGCAGUGCCAUGUGUGCCUGACAGAAGACCACUCAAUGAACAACAGUUAUAGGUAAGCGCAACCCUGUUUUCUGGAUUUUUUCACCCAGGAGUGACUUUUACUCCUUAUGCUACACUCCCCUCACUAAGCCCUGUCCCUCAAGGUUCCUAAGGCAAACGCCUGGCAACCCUAACAGGAGAGCCUCUGCUAAUGCAAUGGGCUUGGUGGCAAUGGAGCACACAGGCAGGUCCAUGGAUCAUAUGUUGCCUCACCAAAACAGCAGAAGGUAAUUGUAAAGCAUUUACUCAACUCCUAUGGGAAGCAUCUCCACAACCUACCCCCAUGACUACGCACAUGCUAGGGAAGAAGCACUGCCCCCUUUGACUGGUCUAAUCUAUAGAGGAAUCAACCCAAAGGUUAGUUGAUCAAUCCGUGACAGCAAAUAUUAAUUGGAGAAGAGUACACUUCUUAAACUUUGUAACUAUUUUGUUUCUGAUGUGCUACUGUGAUAGUGAAAACAAAAAUAUUAAAGAUGUCCUUUCUUUC